UCUUCUUCCCCCUUUUUAUUCAUAUAUAAUUUUGGUUUUGGUUGUGUUAUUAACGAAAUGUGCUUGCUUGCUUUGUGAUUUUUAUUUAUUUAUUCUAUUAAUUUUACUUUCUCUCAUGCAUGCUAUCAUGGUGAAAUGAAUGGUAAUUUUGCGGGGUUUUCUUUUUCUUUUCGUUUUAUCUUUUAAAUGGAAAUAUAAUUGGUUGUGAUUCUUGCGUUCUUGCUCUAAAUUGGAAAAAAAAAAGAAAAGAAAUUAAUUUGAUUUUUUUCUACUCAAUGUGUUUUUCUUUUUGUUUUUAAGUUACUUUUAGAAGCAGAAAUUAAGGAGCAAAGGCAACGAAUUGAACUGCAUAAUAGUUGUAUUUUUGUUGACUGUAUGAUCCUUAUAGAAUGGGAUUUCUUUUAAAAACUUACAAGGAAUAGAGAAAAAAUUAUGGAAAGAAAAAGUUAUUAAAUCUUUCAUAGGUGCUGUUUUUCGGAUUGUUCCAUUAAACUGCUGUUUUAUGAUGAAAUUAUCAUUGGUGAUACUAAUAACUUGUUAUGUUGUAUAUUUAAGAGAUGUCUGAGACUUGGGUAAUUUACAUUCUAGUUCAUUCAACUUAGUAUUAGUUUUCAUGAAUUCCACAAACCCUAAAUUUUAUCAAAUUAUACAACUUUUAUUAUUAAUAAAUUAAGUCACUUGUGCUAACUUCUGUAAGUAAUUUAAUGGAAAAGUUGAUUCAGCAUGCAUUCGUGACUUAAUUUUUUAUGCCUCAUCAAGAUAAUACAUUAAAAGUUUAUUCAACUUGCAUACAUGGCUUUUUUUUUUUUAAAGACUGUUUUCGGUUUUCCUUUCUUAAGUGGACCCUAAUGCCAGCAUGGAAGAUAUUUUACGUAAAAUGCUAGCAAGGAAUUAUCUCGAUGACAUGUAAAAAAAUAAACCAUAUGCAUGUGCAUGCUAAUUUAACUUUUCCAUAAGAAUUACUUAACAAAGUUAGCAUAAAUCACCUAAAUGAAAGUUGAUGUCAAGUUUAAUGACUCAGAAUGUAAAUUGCGCUUGAACUUUUGUUCUUUUCAGUUUAUAUGGUAUCAAAUAUAUUAUGCAUGUAGGCGAAUUCCAAGGCCUUUGGCUACUUGUAAUUGACAACUAUGCAACCAAAACCAGCUUGUCUUUGAUCUGAUUUCGAAGGUUUGUUUGCAAUGGGCAAUCAUAUCUUUGCCAGACAUUAGGUUCAUGUGAUGGAUAUGUCUGAUGCAGUCAUAGUAAAUUCGAGCAGAUUGAAAUCUAUUGUCUGGAAUGACUUUGAUAGGGUUAAAAAGGGUGACACAUUUGUGGCCAUUUGUAGGCAUUGUAAGAAGAAGCUUAGUGGAUCAAGUACUAGUGGAACCUCGCAUCUGAGGAACCAUUUAAUUAGGUGUCAAAGAAGAUCCAAUCAUGGUGUAGCUCAAUACUUUUCUGCUAAAGAUAAGAAAAAGGAAGGUUCUCUUGCCCUUGUAACUAUUGAUCAAGAGCAGAAGAACGAUGAAGUGCUUAGCAUUGUGAAUCUUAGAUAUGAACAGGAGCAGAUUAAAAGUGAGCAUGUUGGCAUUGGUAGUAAUAGCUUGGAUCAAAGGCGGAGCCAGUUUGAUCUUGCCCGCAUGAUCAUAUUGCAUAACUAUCCUUUGGCUAUGGUGGAGCAUGUUGGGUUCAAGAUUUUUGUCAGGAAUCUACAGCCCUUGUUUGAACUUGUGACACGUAAUAAAGUUGAAGCUGAUUGCAUGGAAAUCUAUGCGAAGGAGAAGCAAAAGGUGUAUGAAAUUUUUGAUAAGUUGCCUGGAAAAAUCAGUGUAUCUGCUGAUGUGUGGACUGCUUCUGAAGAUGAUGCUGCAUACCUGAGUUUGGCAGCACACUAUAUCGAUGAGAAUUGGCAGUUAAAAAAGAAGAAUUUGAAUUUUGUUACUAUUGAUCCUUCUUAUACAGAAGACAUGCAUUCAGAAGUUAUAAUGAAUUGUCUGAUGGAUUGGGAUAUAGAUCGUAAGUUGUUCUCUAUGAUAUUUGAUAGUUUUACCAGUGAUAACAUUGUUGAGAGAAUCAGAGAUCGGCUGUCCCAAAAUAGGUUCCUUCAUUGUAAUGGUCAACUAUUUGAUGUUCGAUGUGCCGUAGAUCUUCUCAAUCGUAUGGCUCAUGAUGCCUUGGAAACUCUCUGUGAGAUUACCCGGAAAAUACGGGAAAGCAUUCGCUAUGUUAAAAGUUCAGAAGCAACACAAGCUACGUUCAAUGAGCUGGCUGAUGAAGUUCAGGUUGAAACGAAAAAAUGCCUAUGUAUUGAUAAUCCAUUGAAAUGGAACUCGACAUAUUUAAUGCUAGAAGCUGCCUCAGAAUACAGGAAAGUUUUCUCUUGUUUACGAGAUCGUGACCCUGUCAACAUGAAGUUUCUACUAUCUGAUCCUGAAUGGGAUAGACUGAUUACUGUUACUAGCUUCUUAAAGCUGUUUGUUGAAGUUACUAAUGUUUUUACAAGAAGCAAGUAUCCAACUGCAAAUAUAUUUUUCCCCGAGAUUUGUGAUAUUCACUUGCAGUUGAUUGAAUGGUGCAAGAAUCCUGAUGAAUAUAUUAGUUCGUUGGCUCUAAAGAUGAGAAAGAAGUUUGAAGAGUACUGGUAUAAGUGCAGUUCAGGUUUGGCAGUUGCAGCUAUGUUAGAUCCUCGAUUCAAAAUGAAGCUCUUGGAGUAUUACUACCCACAACUAUAUGGUGAUAGUGCUACAGAGCUUAUUGAUGAUGUUUUCGAGUGUAUUAAAUCACUUUACAAUGAACAUUCUAUCGUCUCCCCAUUAGCAUCUUCUAUCAAUCAGGGACUGGAUUGGCAAGCAAGUGGUAGUCCCGGUUCUGGAAAAGAUUCUAGGGACAGGUUGAUGGGGUUUGACAAGUUCCUUCACGAAACUUCUCAAGCUGAGGGCUCUAGUUCUGAUUUAGACAAGUACCUGGAGGAGCCACUGUUUCCUCGAAACGUUGAUUUCAAUGUAUUGAAUUGGUGGAAGGUUCACACUCCACGGUAUCCUAUUCUAUCUAUGAUGGCACGCAAUAUUCUAGGAAUUCCCAUAUCCAAAGUUGCAGCAGAAUCAAGAUUCGACACCGGAGGAAGGAUGCUUAAUCAUAACUGGAGCUCAUUGCCUCCAACUACAAUUCAAGCCCUCAUGUGUUCGCAAGAUUGGAUACGGAGUGAACUCGAGAGCUAGUUUCAGGGGAAGAAGAUGAGGUGGGAGGUUAGCACCAAUUUUUGUGUAGCUGCUAUUUUGUCAAUAACUUUUGGUUCUUGCUGGGUUUGAUUUUAAGAAAUUUAGGGGUUAUUAUUAUCAAACACCAUAUUUAUGCUGCUCUCAGAAUAUGUUGUAAGUGAAUUAGUUGUACAGUGUAUAACUAUUAAAGCCUUACUUUA